AUGUCAUACAAUAACCGCAUGAGCAUGGCUGGCACCCAGCAACAGCAUAAUCGAGGGCGCAAGAAGGAAGACGACAAUGACGCACUUAUGCGCCUGCCCGACAAAGAGAUCGCGGGAUGCAUCAACGAUAUCGGAAUUCCUUUUAAUACGGCAGACCUCGCAAAGCCAAACCCGCAACAGAUCCAGAUGGUUUUUGAAUGGUUCGCGGAGCUUUUGAUGAAUGUCACCCGCGAGACUGUAGAGCCAGGAAUGCACGCAGCAGCGGAGGAAAUCUGUGGUGACUACCCGGAUAUUGUCCCCAAUGACACUCGCAACCUCAUGGGAUUCUUCAUAAGCAUUCGAAGACUGCUAUCAGAGUGUGGUGUCAACGAUUUCACCUUUACCGAUCUUACAAAACCGACCCACGAUCGACUGGUGAAGAUUUUCUCUUAUCUGAUCAAUUUUGUUCGAUUCCGCGAAUCCCAAACCCCCGUAAUAGACGAACACUUCAAUAAAACCGAGAAAACCAAAACGCGCAUCGAUGAGCUAUUCGCAGAGAACCAAGAGAUGGAACACCGCCUGGCUGAGAUGCGACGAGAACAACAGAUAAAUGAAGUGCAGGUACGCGAAAAAGUGGCGCGGAAUGACGAACUGAAAGCGCGGCUCUUGGAACUGGGACGUGAGCAGUCACGAGUGGCGGAGACCCUUGACCGUGUGAAAAAUGACCGAGCGCGAAGACAACAACAGCUGGAAGAAAAGACGGAGAGGACCGUUCGAAGCCGACAGGAGGCGGAAAAACUGCGACCUUAUGUUCUCGAGUCUCCGGCCACCUUGCAGUCAUCAUUGACCGAGCUGGCGGAAAGUCUUAUGCGCGAGAAAGCUCAGAUCGAUGGGAUGGAGAAGCGGGCCCGAGCAUUGCAGACUUCUUCGGAUACCUUUACUGUUGUUUCUAACGAUGUCCAAGGAUGUGUCAAGCUUCUGGAAGAUAUCUCUACUGAGCUACAAAAAGAAGACGAGGAGGAAUCUCGUGCCGCCCGGAACAAGGAGGCCAUUUCGGACAGAGGUGCCAGCGUGCGAGAGGUUGAGCAAACAGAAAAGCUACUACAACGACAACUGGCGCGAUGGAAUGAACGAAUCGAUCAACUUCGCAAGAAUGCCCAAGAGAAAGCAGAGGCUGCGCAGUCCAGAAUGGAGGAGCUUCGAAAUGUUCAGAGACAACUUCGCGAAGAGCGUGCGGAAAAGCAAAGUGAUAUGGAGCGAAGGCGGAUUCGAAUUGAACAGACUGAGAAAAAGAUGGUUGAUCUUAAAGAAAAUAUUGAGAGUGAGAUUCAAUCAGCCCACGAUCAGUAUCUCAAGCUGGAGUCCCAUAUCAAGCUUUACAUCACAGAGAUGGAUAAGUCUCUGUGA